UGUGGCUUUGAUAGUGUUGUGUUUGAUUUUUUUAGAAGCCUAUUUUAUUAACGAAGAAAAAUAUUGCAAUCCUAAAGUGAAUUAUUGAUAACAAAUUUAGUAUUUAAAUUGUUAUAAAUUUGCAAUAUAUAAGCAAUAUUAUAAAUUUGUAAUAUAUAAAUUAUAUAAAAGCAGUAAUUUAUACAAAUAAUUUGAAGUUUUUCCAGUUAAUUGUGAACCAUGUCUAGCACAUCACAGAAACAUAAAAAUUUUGUUGCCGAGCCAAUGGGUGAUAAGCCUGUUACAGAUCUUGCUGGAGUUGGAGAGGUUUUAGGACGUCGAUUAGAAGCAGCUGGUUUUGAUAAGGCAUAUGUAGUACUUGGACAAUACUUGGUUUUAAAAAAGGAUAGAGAAUUGUUCCAAGAAUGGAUGAAAGAUGCGUGUUCUGCUAAUGCAAAACAAUCUAGUGAUUGCUAUCAGUGCCUCUCUGAUUGGUGUGAAGAAUUUUUGUAAAAUAAUUAUAAAAUUUAAUGUUAAUAAUAUAAAAAUGAAACUUUUAAUAUAGCAAAGUAUCUAUUGUAAUAUUUUAAUGCAAAAUGUAAGAACUAUUUCACUUUAGUGAAUUCAACAUAAUUUUUGAUAAUCUUACUAUAGUAUAAUGAAAACAAGUAUCUUAAAAGAUAUUUUAAGAUUUAACAUAAAUGUAAUAUGAUAUAGUUUAUAAUUUUACCUAAUGUUAACAUUGUGUAUCGAUAAGAUAUCAUUUUAUGAAUUAAUAUUAAUUUUCUGUGACAUUCUACUUAUUUUUUUGUUACUCA